AUGGCUUCCACGCGCCAGGAACGGCAGCUGAUGCGGCAGCGCGGUGCUGGGACGCGCAAAGCCAAGGAAGUUGACUUUGGCUUCUCGUUUGGAGGUCCGGCAAUCGACGAGCCUUCAGUUGUAGAGGCACCUGGGCCUGCGCAUCCACCGCAAGCGACGCCGCCCGCAGAAUCCCAACGAGCCACUCGGCGCACGCCAGGCAGCGCGCGUAAUCAUCUUCCAGAGAGACCCUCGACGUACGAUCUACCUGUGGACGACCUGCCGGAACAGACGCGGAGUGUGAAACGGAGACGGAUUAACCCUCCGAGUACAGACACAACGACGCGACAGAGCCCUGCACGAUCGAAAACUGGUACUUCAUCAACUCAGGAGUCCCGCAAAUCCAACACAAGAGCUAGCCCGAGCCACGCCCCAGAAGCUGUAGCGACGAAUCCGCCCCAAACAGCCCCGACGAAGCAUCAACCACCCUCUUCUCAAACCAAUGGCGCGGAUUCAGCCUCAACCCCUCUCCAAGAAACCCAACCAAGUGUUCAGUCACCGACAAAGACGAAGCAAACACGCGGCAGGCCGCGCAAGAGUCAAUCACCCAAUACUGGACCCCAAGCCAAGGCUCUACAGGAUACAACCUCAUCGCCAAAGCGCACUCGACAAACCCCAAAUUCGCAAUCGAAGGCAGGACCCUCGCGAAGGCGCAGUGAUUCAGAGCCACGACCCCAGGCCGCAACUGAGGCAAAUGCCGAGACGAACAGGACGACUCGCGACCCUAAAGCUGGUGCAGCAACCGUGACGGAAGGAAAGAAGCCGAGGGGUCGUCCGCCGCGCACAGUCGACGGUGACGAUUCCACACAAACCGCGGAGGACGUGGCACGCGAGCAGGAGACAUCCAAACCCAAACGUGGUCGUGGCCGACCAUCAACUUCGGGCAAGGCCCGCGAGUCUCUAUCUCGACCAGAAGCUCCUACUAAGCCAACCCCAACUCCAGCCGAAUCAUCCGCACCUAAGGGCCGGGGUCGAAAGUCAACAUCGAAAAAGGCUGUCGAGGAGCCCGUUCCCUCGCCGGAGCCCGAGACCCACGCGGAAUCCUCCGCGCCCAAACGCGGCAGACCAUCUGGCAAGAAAGCCAACCGCGCACCAGAGCCCGAGCCGGAAGAAGAACGAGUAGAAGACGACCGCUCCGAGGCACCACGGCGCCCAGCCCGGUCACCCCGCGGGGAAACCGUUCCCAUCACAGUCCACCGGCUAGCUAAUGCAUCUGCAUGGGGAGGAACAGACUCGCCCGUCGACGAAGAGGAAGAAUCCGCCGACGAGCUCUCCACCCUCCAAAAGACCAAACUGCCCAACCGUGGCGGCGUCAACCCCGCCGACGUGCUCAGCCAGAUCUGUCGCGAGACGCUGGAGAAGACGCUCGCGACGCUGAAGACGGGGAUCGCAAACGAGACAAACGCCACCCGCCGCGCUGAGUGGACCCGCAAACGCAAAGCCGUCGAAGCCUUCGGCUCAGAGCUUGACGGCCGGCUUCUGGACCUGAGCGAGAUGCUCGACAGCAACUUCAUGCUCGGCGUCCAGCUCAAAAAGUCCAAGCGCGAGAUGUUGGACUUGCGCAGCCAUCUGUACCGUGUCCGCAAGGAGCGCGAGGCAGUCGCGCUGCAGAUGGACGCCGUGCGCGCGAAGCACAUGGAAGAGGAGAAUGCGAAAUCGACCCGCACGGCGAUCAACAACUCGCUGCAUACUCUCGAGCUGGCUCUCGACCGGACCCAGCAGCGCGCUACAACAACAUCUACGAACCUCUCCCCCUCGCCCGCCGACGUGGAAUUCAUGCUCCGCGCCGUCGCAGACGAUGUUAGCUGUCUGGCUCCCGGGGCGCAGGGCGGACUAUUGACCCAGAUGCGGGCGUUCAAUGCGCAGCUUGAAGCGACGGCGCGCCGGUUGGAGAGCUGA